AUGGCGGGAUUCUUUAACUGUGGCUUCUCGCGUGUGGCAGCAAAGUACAGUAUGUUGGACGAGAAUGGAAAAGUUAUUCGUGACAAAGGCAUUCGUCUACAGAAGUUUUUGAGUAUAUUUCCAGACAAUAAAGAGGCAUUUGCUGUUACUCAGACGAUUUUUGACAAGAGACUACCUGUGUUGCUGAAAAACUUUGAUAAAUGGCGGGGAGAAAACAAAGCAAAAUACUUGACGCAUUUUAGUCCUACAGCAUGGAAGUCUCUUUCAGCAGCAAAGAGAGGAUUGCACACAAUAUCUAACUGCAAUGCAUGUGCGGUUAAUCACCUGCCCGUGCAGUCACUGUUCCCGUUGAAGUCUAACCGACUUAAGGUGAACAACCCGAUGUCUGCAUGUGCAAAGGAAGUGACAAGCUUACAAAAGAAAACAACGAAACUUGUAAAACCUAGUAAAGCAACAAUUCAGGAUACUGCUAAGCAGAUAUAUUUCAAAAUAAACGAACCAUUUAAGAGUCUCUACAACGUGAACCUCGCUGAAGCCUUAACAAAAGUACCUGAAAUUGGUGUAACACAAUCAAAAACUAAGGGGCAAAAACAAAAAGAAAGAAGGAAAACUUUAAGGCCCAUCAAACGCAAAACAGAAGACCAGUGGUCUAAGGUUGACUGUGACACAAUGCUGGGAACGCGGCAAGCAUACAAGCAGAGGGAUCUGCAAAGAAAAUCUCUCUACUUCGAGUCCACCCAUGAGGCAAGCGUUCGAACUUUGAAGAGGAAGGCACUUGAGGAGGCUGGUCUGCGCAAAAAGAAGCGUCAUUCUCCUGAUCCAGCAUCAAUCGACUUUGACAAGGAGGGCCUCCUGCAAGAAGUAAAUUCAAUGAAAGAAGGUGAAAAGGUGAGGAUGUUAGUUGUGAUAAGGCAUAAUCAACUCAUUAUUUUGUACAUAACUUUUAAUCACUGGUUCUGCUUAAACAGAAAAACAAAAGCAGAUGUCUUUGUUUGAUGAACAUUUCAUGCCACCAUUUAUUUUAAUUAGAAAUCUGAGGGAUAAACAAGAAUACUAAAUCUUCAACAUACUUUUCAGAUUAAUUAUUCAGAACUGUCCAGGAAGUAUGGAGCAGCAGAGAAAAGUAAGGUGGGAAAUAUGGUGGUGAAAGAGUUUCUUGAAACUAAAGGGGUGGAUGUGGCAAAGUUUACAGGUCCAAGAAAAAAUGCUCAGACUGUGACAAGAAGACGCCUCAACCGAAUGUUUGGUGGUGAAAUCACAACACCUGUCCCCCGUACUAAUGCUGCCCUACGAGAAACCUUGAGGGCCAAGAUUAGGGCUGGAGAAUAUCGCUUAGGAGAGAUCAUUGCACCAAAACGCUACAAGAAGUUAAUGUUACAGCCUGACGGUACAUUAAAAACAGAGUAUUUCACAGUUAACGGAAGGAAAAUACCUUUGCUUGAGAUUCGUAAAGCGCUUUUGGAGGAGCAUGAGAAGGAAGGUCUUGUCAGAGACCACUCAGAUGCCCACUACAAUUGCAUGAGUGUGGAUGACAUAAAAAGUCGCUUAAGGGAGCUUGGAGAGCUGAAAAUAGAUGGACUAAGGGAGGAGUUAUUGAAGGUAUUAAAGUUACAUGAAUGCACAAGACAUCUCAUGAUCUGGUCAGACCAUUCCAGCAUUAUGAACCAUGGCCACCUUCUGCUAACUGUAAAUGCAAUCUAUGAUCCUGCAUUCUACUACACUUCUGAAGAGCUCCAUGGCAAGAAUGUUCAGGAGUUAGUAGAGAAGCCUCACAUUUACAUCAUGGCUAGAUGUAGGGACACCAUUGAAGAUCAGCUUUUAUACAUUGAAACUAGGCUGGAAGAUAUAUAUGAGCUUGGAAAUCAACUUUUGUCCUCCCAAAAGGUCUCCAUUAGGGAUAUUUGCAGAUUCUUUCAUGGGGAUCAUCCUUCGCAAGAGGUAGAAAGUGGAGAGCAGAUUGGUGGUGGCUUUGGGUGCUGUGGAUGCACUGGGGGAUCAGCCAGCUAUAUUGACCAUGUGGGUUCACUGAGGGCACCGCACAUUACCCUCGAAGAAAGAAGGAGAAAGGUACUGGAAGGCCCAGCAGGAAAAGAAAGAAGAAAUUGUGGAGUGCAUCCUUUCAAAAACAUGAGCAAAGAAGAGCUGAUAAGAGAGUGCAAGGGGCGGCACUUAUCGGUUGAUGGUUUACUAAAACCUGCAUUGGAAUCCAACUUGAAAGAAGUACUGAGGGGCAUACAGCGAGUUCCAGCACUUUGUUUCCCCCAACAAGAAUGCUCCUUACAAGAGCUCAACUUAGGAAACUAUGAAGUGUUACCAGUAGAGCCUCUUCAUGACCUCAAAGAACAUAUCAACAUCAUAUUUAAAGAACUACCCAAGCACCUCAAUGAUGAAGAAAAAGUUCUAUUUGAUGAGACAAUGGAGGCAGUGCUUUCAACAAAAGAGAAGCUCCGAGGUUCAGACUACCGCCUUUGCUGUAUUGUACUGGCCUUGCACCUUGGAAAACACUGCCGUUUAACAAUCAAAAGACUGCUGCACACUCUUGCAGAACUUUGUGAAAUGUUGUAUGCCCCAGCGGAGAAGCGCACACCAAGAUUUAUUUUGCGUUUGCAUAACGUGACAUUUUGUCAUGUUAUUGCAGUCCGUAAAGUCUUUAAAAUCCCACAAGUGCUGACAUACAGGAAGCUGUUUGGAAUAUACUACCACAGCAUCACAUGCCAUGCUCCUCUUACAUCUCGUAUAAUUUCCCUUAGCUCAGUAGACACUGAAGAAGAAGAAAGAGAAUUCAGCACCAUAAAUUCCAUCAGCAAAUCAACCUCUAAUGGUCAUCCUGAGCACAUUAUUCCAAAGUCAGUUCAAGCAGAAAGAAGCUUCAGGUCUAAGAAGAGUGCCCUGACAGAUCAACAGUCAAAGAUUGGACAGUAUGCAAAGAACCUCCCAAACUUUCCUGACACCUCCAUUCCUAAAGAGCUCCUGGACAGUGAAAUCUAUCAGGCCCACCUAGAACAGAUCAGCGAUUUUCUUCUUUGUGGAAGGGGUGUUUGGUGGCAUGCAGAUGAGGAAAGCAAGGAAAUCAUAUUUCAUGACAGUAAAGAACAACCUGAAUUUCGAGAUGAAGGCCCUCCAAUUCACCACUUUCGCUCCUCUUCUUUCCAGAGUGAAAGGGAAUACCUCAAAGAGAAGUGG